AUGAGUACUUCAGCGGUUGAAGUUAGUGGUAAAAAGGUGAAAUCAAUGUGGGAUAAGAGAUUGACAGAAAAAUUUUGUGAUAUUUGUAUUAAAGAGAUAUUGAAAGGCAAUAGUCCCGGUACUCAUUUCACAAAAGAUGGAUGGUUGAAAAUAAUGACCAACUUUGAGAAAGAAACGGGAAAGGGUUUUUCACAAAGACAACUUAAAAAUAGGUGGGAUGCCCUAAAAAAAGAAUGGAAAGCUUGGAAGAAAUUUAAAGGCGAAAAUACUGGUCUAGGGUGGAAUCUUAUAAAAAGAACCGUUGAUGCAUCAGAUGAUUGGUGGGAGAGUAGGCUACAAGUUGUGUCUGAAGCUCAAAAAUUUCAAAUUUCGAGCAUUGAUCCCGAAUUCGAAGGGAAGUUGGAUCAAAUGUUCAUGGGGAUAGUUGCAACAGGUGAUAAAGCAUGGGCACCUUCUUCUGGUACACUUCGGACUGAUUUUUUUGAGGAUGUGAUGAGUAUAGUUGAGAAUUACAGCGGUGAUGAAAAUGAUGAUGAAAGGGAAAAGAAAGAGAUUUUACAACGCAUGGAAUGUUUUAAUCGAUUAUUUGUUGCUGCAUCUUCUUCCGUACAAUUAUAUUACGAGAAGUAUAUAUUGAGGCAACCAUGUAUGGAUUCAAAACAGUCAGGAAAAUAUUAUCUUGUUGAUUCUGGAUAUCCUCAAAUGAAAGGUUAUCUUGGACCAUAUAGAGGUCAGCAAUAUCAUUUACCUGACUUUUGUAGAGGUAGACCGGUAUCUGGUAAAGAAGUAUUCAAUCAUUCACAUUCAUCAUUACGUAGCGUGAUCAAACGAACUUUUGGUGUUUUGAAAAAAAAAUGGGCCAUUUUAAGGGAUAUGCCAAGUUAUAGUUUUGAGAAGCAAACGAUGAUCGUUGUUGCUACAAUGACGAUACACAAUUUCAUCCAAAAACAUGUCGGUCGAAAUGAUGCAGAUUUUAUGGAAUACGAAGAUAUUAACUGGGCAUAUGAGAAUAUUAUUGAUUCAGAAAAUGCGCAUGGUCGAGAAAAUGAUGAUGACGACGACGACGAUGAUGGUGAUGAUGACGGGAUCAGAAAGGCUCUUGGUUGGAUAUUUCUUCAAUAUACCAGCCUAUCAACUUAA